ACCCAGAGAUUGUCACCUGCAGCACCCUGAUGGUCCACAUGGGGCCCCUUCACUGCCCACUCAGGACCCAUCCAGCUGGGUCCCCCCUGCACACCUUCAUGGGGACAGUGCCCAGGGGCUCCGGGUUGGGCCCAUCAGCAGGUGUCCCCACUGGGGUCCCUCACAGAUGGAGCACCCAGUGGCCAGGGACAGCCCCAGCUCCACAGCCCCUCGGAGAAGGCUACUAUCCCUCAGGGUCUAUGUCUCCUGUCCCCUGCCGCUGCCCCCUGCCACUGUCCCCAACGGCCCCACCCCAGCCAAGGAGAGGGCUCUGCUGUGGCCUCACCCCCUCUGGGAGGUCAUGGGAAGCCCAUCCUCCUCUGCGUCCCCCCCGGCGCCCCAAUGCUGCGGGAGCUGUGGGCCAGGAAGCCGGGCAGCAUUGGGCAGCGAGGCCCAUGGGGCGGGGCUGCUCCCCCGGGCGCAGAGCCGAGCUGGCCCAGCCCCUACCUCCAGGGCCAGCUUCCUGCCUCCCCCAGCUCUGCUCCCCAGUCAUGAUGGCCGCUGUCCUGCCACUCGCCCCGCCCCCCGUCACUGGGCAGGCCCUCCCAGGCACAGGGCACCCCAUAGCCCCGGUGCCACACUGCCCUUGGACAAAAGCAGGCCAGAUGUCCAGGGCCUAGCACUCGAGCCGGUGCCUGGGCACACACCUGGGGACGGUUGGCCACACCAUCCCUCCUUGCCACACCCAUCUGUGUGACCGGGACAGGGACUUCUCUAGGUGGGACUUCAGUGCUCACACUCGAAGUCCUGGGCAGACGGGCCAGCUGUCCCCUCUGCCCGGCCAGGCUCUUUCCCGGGGGCGUGAGGACCCUGGAGGGAGCGGCAGGGAGCAUGGGGCGGGCACACAGCGGGUGUUCCUCGGUGGCUCCCUGCUGACUUCCACAGUCGGCCAGCGACUGGGACACCGAGGAGGCAGGUCAGGCUGUGGCCCUCAGGCGGCUUCGGUUGCUGCAGGAGAGCGCUGGACGGGAGGCGGAGGCUGACUGGCCCUGGCCAGCAAGUCCACGGCCAGGCUAGGUGCGCAAGGCCUCGCUGUGGGGGGGCAAUGGGCGCCAGCCUGUCCCCUCCAGGGCACAAAAACUCCUGGGGACACAACCCUGGGGCCCCUGGACCCCAGCCGCCUCCCAGUGCUGACCCCAGUGGAGUCCCACGCAGCUGUCCCAAGGCCAGGCUGACCUCCUGCAUGGCUCCUGAAGUCUGUCCACUCUGGCCACCAGUGCCCGAGGGGUUUAGCAGCUCCUCCUGGGAAACGGGAGGGCAGGAGGCUGGGAGGCCGCCGAGCCAGCUGGAGGGCCACCUGUCCCUUGCCGCCCGCCCCUAAUCCGCCCUCUAAGCUGACAGCGUCUGGAGUGCGGCUCCACCCAUGGGUCCCCGCAGGCCCCUGCUGUGCGCCCCUGGGCCUGAGAGCAGCGGGAUCCCUGGGUGGGAGGUGCGGGGCGGGCGGGGCCCUCCUGUGCCCACUGCAGCUGACUGCUGGGCAGCCCCGCUCAGGCCUCCUGCCCCCCACGCCCUCCCAAACCGCGGGAGCCUCUGCCUCUACAGCCGGGCUGGGCGGCGGUGGUUGUGGCCAUGCUGUGUCCCUGCGAGGUCCUUCCUCUGUCUGCUGCGUCCCCCUCCCUCCCAGAGGGGUCUUGGCCCCACUUGGACCCAUCCCCCUCACUGCAUUCGAUGAGCCUCUCGUGUGUCCCCCACGCCCCCGAGUCCAGGCCGCCAGGCACCCUGCGUCUGGGCUGCCCCUCACCCAAAGUCCAGCUCCUCCCAAAUGCUGUGCCCCAGAAACGCCUCGGCUCCUCCUGCCCCUUCCAGCCGGCCUCACCCCAGGGCCUCCGGCCUCUCCCCACGGGGCUGUGCCUGCUUCCUCCCGGUCCCCAUCUUGCCCACGUGGACAUCCGUGAGCCCCCUGCUGUCCAACCGCCCACAGCCCCCAGCGCCCUCCUCGAUGCAGAGCUGUCCCCAGAGCGAGCACCUCACCACCCCACACCCCCGGCCUCUUCCCUGAAGUGGCCCCGGGGGAGCUUCUCGAGGCUCCAAAGCUGGACGCCUCGUUUUUGCUUGCCGGCUGCCCGCUGCCCACUGGGAUGCCACCUGCGUGGCCGUACCUGGGACACACUGAGUGCUCCGUACAAGCAGUGAGCACAGGAAGAGUGACCUCCUGCAGACCUCAAGACCCAACCAGAAUGACCCUUCCUGCUCCCUGGCCGGCAUCCAGAGGACCCCUACUACGGCCCUCACCUCGCUUCCGUCAUCUGACACUGAACCUGCCGGCUGUCCCUGCUGGCCCCCAUCGAUGGCCGCAGCGCCCGCCCCCAGGGUCCCCGCUUGGCCUUUGCUAUGCGCUGUCUGCUCCACCCCGAGACCCCAUUUUACAGCCAGGGAAGCUGAGGCCGGAGGGGCCUGGACGUCCCACGGGGCGGGGUGGAGGCAAUCCUGGGAGCCCGGCCCCCAGUGCUGCCUCCCUGGAGGCUGGGGACACCGGCACCCGCGGCGGGGGGGGGGGGCCUCAAUUAAUCGGCUCCGACUAAUCCUCCCUCCCCUGGGCUCAGCAGACGCCGGGCCGCAGGCUGGUGGAGGGCAGCCAGCCUGGGCAGGCGGCACAGGUGGAGGACUCGGGCCUGAGGGACACCACCCCAGAGUCCUCCCACACAGAGCCAGGGAGAGGGGACCGGGGAGGAGCGGCAGGAGCGGACGCUGCAGCAGUGGGGACGGGCAGGCGGGAGGUGACCCCAGAAAGACGGGGUGCAGGGCAGAGGCUGAGGUGCAGGUGGGCUCCCCUGCCUUCCCAGGGACAGUUCCUCCCACUGUCUCACCACACUCUGUCCUGCUGUCCUCCCGGCCAGGUGAGAAGCCAUGUUCCUGAGCCUGGGAGAGGGGCCGGGGCCUGAGGGUGGGGGCCUGGGGCCAGGCGAGGAGGCCCCCAAGAAGAAGCACCGCAGGAACCGCACGACCUUCACCACGUACCAGCUGCACCAGCUGGAGCGGGCCUUCGAGGCCUCCCACUACCCGGACGUGUACAGCCGUGAGGAGCUGGCGGCCAAGGUGCACCUCCCCGAGGUGCGCGUGCAGGUCUGGUUCCAGAACCGCAGGGCCAAGUGGCGGCGCCAGGAGCGCCUGGAGUCAGGCUCAGGAGCGGUGGCAGCCCCGAGGCUCCCAGAGGCCCCCACACUGCCACUUGCCCGUCCCCCAGCCCUGCCACUGCCCCUGGAGCCCUGGCUGGGCCCCGGCCCCCAGGUGGGGCCAGGCCUCCCCGGCGUCCUGGGCUCAGCCCCAGGGCUGCAGGCCUCCCUGGGGCCACACGCUUUCCCUCCUACCUUGGUGGACGGCUUCGCCCUGGAGGAGGCGUCCCUGCGGCUGCUGGCCAAGGAGCACGCACAGGCCCUGGACAGAACCUGGCCACCAGCCUGAGACGGGCCUGGUGACAGCAGCCAAUCAGACCCAGCCGUCUCCAGGUGCCAGACCUCGAUGUGCUGCUGGGAACCCUGCCCUGUGCCCCCACCCUCCCCACCCCACAGCCAGGUGACACCCAGCAGGGGGGGCCUGAGGACCUGCAGGCCCAGGCAGGGGCCCUGCCCUGUGGGCGUCUCGGCCCCUCAGCCCAUGUGUCCAGUGGGCAUGGUGCUGGGCGCCAGGUUCCUGAAGUGUCUGCCCAGCCCUUCCCCCACAGGGCCCCAGAAGUGACAAGAAGUGACAAACAGCAGCAGCCUCCUGUCACCUUUACCCUGCGCCUGCCGGUAGCCCUCCUGCCACCAGUCCUGGGAGGCAGGCUCCACCGUCAGCCCCUUAAGGGAGGAGGCCAGAGAUGGGCGGCGUUUUCUGAGGCAGCACAGCAGGCAGGGCUGGAGCUGGUGGGGGCAGUGCCCUCCAGGGAGGCUCAGGGACCCACGCAAGCAAGGGUGGCCUGCCCUGGGUGCUGCUAUCAGCUCCUGCUCCCUCCACACGGGGGGAAGGGCGAAGCAGACGUCCCCACAGCCCAUGGCCCACACCUGGACAGCCCUGGGACCUCCCAGAUCAGGGCGAGGCGCCGUGGAGGUGCACCCGGGGCGCUGGGCGCAGGGGGAGAAGAAGCCACAGGCCCAGGUCAACACCAGAGCACCCGCACGCCCACCCCACCCUCCACCCCUCACCCCUCACCCCACCGCUAGCCCUGCCCUCCGCCACCCAGCCACCUCCAGACACACCACGGGUCCCAGGCUGGAGACAGUGGGAGGCAGACGCAAAAUAUUAAA